AUGAGGUUGCUUCCUCCUCUAUUCGCGAUUGCAAUUCUUCUGUGUACAACCAUUUCCAUCCCAGUUGUCCAUAAUGAUGUUGAGAAGAGAACAGAAGUCGGUGAGGGGUGCUCAUAUUGCAAACCAGGGCCAUGGGUAACUUCUGCUGCAUGUAACUCCUACGAAUACUUCGCUGUGGCAAGCAGUAUGAGAAAUCCACCCGAUGACAUCAAGUUCGACGCAACAUCAUUCUGCUCCGAAUUCCUCCGCCCUUUAAUAACCGACCUUUCCAUCGUAGAAGUGACAAGUGCAACCACGACAUCGACAUCCGUGGUUAUAAGCCUUGUCUACGCAUCACCUGAAACGACCAAACCAUCAACCCCCACCAAAACCAGCCCUCCCUCAUCCACCGCAACACAAACUUCCUCUCGACCCAUCACAACCACCUCUCUCACCUCCAUUGUAUCUCCCGCAAACUAUCUUAAGAAACGCAAUUUCACCGUUCCAGAGUAUCUCGAGCCAUGGUAUUUCUACGGCCGUCUCGACCCCGGCUGCUCAUGUAUUAUAACGAGUGCUGAUCCAUCGAUACUGAUCUCUGCAACAGAGACAAGUACAAUUUAUCAAUACACUGUGUCUACGACUGUAACAGAAGUCUAUACCAUUUAUCCUGGUAUGGAUUAG